UGCCUUAGCAGCCAUGCAGGAUUCCCUAUUACUGAUUGGAUGACCAGCAUGUUUCUGGCAACUGAGACAUCUUGGCCUGUGCUGUUCCUUUGCUCUCAAACUCUCUUCUGCCUCUUCUUUUGCACCCCUUCCUGUUGCUGUACAUCCUGCCCUGAACAGUGUCAAUGUACCAAUUAUUCAGGAGCAACUGCUGUUCUGUGUAGUGCGAGCAACUUGGAGGAAAUUCCAACAGAUAUUCCCAAAGAUACCAUGUUUUUGAAGCUGGAUGCAAAUAAGAUUACUGCAGUUCCCAACAGCACUUUCAGGCACCUGGCCCACUUGCAAGAAAUAGAUCUCUCCAAGAAUGCCAUUGAGAAGAUUGAUUCAGCGGCAUUUAAGGGUGUGGCUGAUGGCCUGCGGUUGCUGGAUCUUUCUGGCAAUCACAUACAGAGAAUCCCAAAGGAAGCCCUGAUCAACUUGAAUGCCAUGAUUCGCUUAUCUAACAACCCUUGGCACUGUGAAUGUACUUUGCAGGAAGUCUUGUGGGAAGUGAAACUGGACCCUGAUUCAGUCAAUGAGAUCACCUGCCAAACAUCUGUGCAAGAGGAAUAUGCUGGAAAGCCUCUGCUACACAUCCUAGAUUCAGGCAUCAACUUUUGCAACAUGCAUCAGAAAACCACCGAUGUUGCCAUGUUUGUAACCAUGUUCAGCUGGUUUACCUUGGUCAUUAGCUAUGUGGUAUACUAUGUCCGGCAUAAUCAAGAGGAUACAAAGAAGCAUCUGGAAUACUUGAAGUCACUACCUAGCACAAGGGUUCCUAAAGAGACUAUUAGCACAAUUCUGUAG